AUGCGAAGCCUCUCGAGGCGUCCUUUGCUGCACGACUUCUCGCCGAAUCUCGUCUGCCGCAAUUGCAAGCUUCAGCGUCGCCAAUUUGCGUCUGCUCGACCCCCGGCUUCAGGGUUGGCCGCGCUGUCCUCGAGGCAGCUGCUCUCUGUGACUGGUCCUGACGCCGCCAAGUUUCUGCAGGGAAUCAUCACCGCGAAUGUCGUCUCUAGCAAGGGCGAGCCACGAACCGAUGCCUUCUAUACGGGCUUCCUGAAUGCGACGGGAAGAGUGCUCCACGAUGUCUUCAUUUACCCAGUCCGGGGUGCUGCUGGUGACUCAGCGCAAGAGGGGGACAGCUUCUUGGUAGAGGUGGAUGCGGCGCAGAUUAACGCGCUGACAAAAUAUAUCAAGCGGUACAAACUCAGGGCCAAAGUAGCCUUUCGAGCAAUAGACUCGGGUGAAAUAUCUGUGUGGCAUGCGUGGAACGACACUCCCGGGUCGCAACUCAACAUCGCACCGAACGAAUCUAGAAUUGUCUUUGAGGACCCUCGAGCACCCGGUUUGGGCUACAGAAUCAUCCAGCUUGCGGGCCCAAAGGCGCCGGAGCUAGACGUCGACCAGACCACCGAAGAUGCCUACACAAUCCGCCGAUAUCUACAUGGCGUGGCAGAGGGUCAGGACGAGAUUCUACGUGAACAGGCUUUGCCUCUGGAGAGUAACAUGGAGUACAUGAACGGCGUCGACUUCCACAAAGGCUGCUAUGUAGGUCAAGAGUUGACUAUCCGCACCAAGCACCGUGGUGUGGUCCGUAAGCGCAUCCUGCCCUGCGUCAUCUACGACAAAGCCAAGGCGGCUCCGCCGAGCCUUGUCUACGAGCCCGAGAGUGGCUCUCCCGAGACGCUGACGGCAGACAUGAUUCCCGCUGAGACCAGCAUCGGGCGGUCCGGCAAGCGAGGCCGCAGCGCCGGCAAGUGGCUUCGCGGGGUGGGCAACAUCGGCCUGGGGCUGUGCCGCCUCGAGAUCAUGACGGAUGUGGUGCUGCCGGGGGAGCAGGCUGCGGCGACAUUCAGAGACGGCGACGAGUUUGAGCUGGAAUGGGGCGAGGAGGAUAACAAGAGCGGCGUCAAAGUCAAGGCAUUUGUUCCGGAGUGGCUGAGACAGAGCCUAGACGGACAACAUCGAUGAGGAGGCAUACAAGUAGAUUUGGCGUUGAUGAGUGUCUGUAUUACUACUACCAUGAUGCUGCAUGUUUCAUAUGUGUACAAAGAAAGUACGAAUCAUGUACAAUAUUUAGACGGAAAACAAUACCCCCCUGCUCAACUGAGUAAAGGCUACAUACCGGUAUG